UGUUGGUCUUCCCCUUGACCUUUCCCUCACCCUGCGCCAAACACCCCAAAAGCCCUUUGAAAAUAAAUAUCCACUGCAAAAAGAUCGACAAAACUUUGGCCCAAAAAAAGAAAAAAGAAAAAAAAAGAAAAAAAAAAAGGACAAACGUGAAAGUAAUCUCAUAAUCUCAGCUAAAAUCUCUCCACUCUCUACUCUUUCCCAUAUCUCUCUCUCUCUCUCUCCCUUUUUCUGUCCUGUAGAGCGAGAAACAGUGGAUAUGUUACUGUGUUUAGGAUUCCCUUCAACAUAACAAGAAAAAAAAAAUAAGAAAAAAGAAAAAUGGUUUUAUAUUUACAAGUACAAAAUAUACAACCCCAAAACCCAAUCUUGAAUCUUGAUUCCCUCUUAUGUGAGGAAGAACAUCAAUUUGAGGAUGAAGAAAGAAAUGAGAAUUUCAAGAAUCUGAAAAAGACUUCAUUUUUAUUAGAUUUUGACUUGUUUUGGGAAGAUGGUGAGGUUGAAACACUGUUAUUAAAGGAAAAAGAGAGUCUUUUUGAUUUUAAUAGUUUAAUUUCAGAUGGGUUUUUGGUGGGGUCAAGAAAAGAGUCAUUGGUUUGGAUUUUGAGUGUUAUUGACCACUAUGGUUUCACUGCUUUGACUGCUGUUUUAGCUGUGAAUUAUUUUGAUAGGUUUAUUUCUGGAGUUUGUUUUCAGAAAGAUAAGCCAUGGAUGAGUCAACUUGUUGCUGUUGCUUGUGUUUCCAUUGCUGCUAAAGUAGAGGAGAUUCAAGUUCCCCUUUUGUUAGACCUUCAAGUAGCAAAUUCAAAGUAUGUGUUUGAGGCAAAGACUAUUCAGAGAAUGGAAAUUCUGGUGUUGUCCACCCUCAAAUGGAAAAUGAAUCCAGUGACACCAUUUUCAUUCAUAGACCAUAUCAUGCAGAGAUUUGGAUUGAAGACCAAUCUACAUUUGGAGUUCCUGAGGAGAUGUCAAAAGCUCAUUCUUGGUAUUAUCACUGAUUUUAGGCUUCUGCAUUAUCCUCCGUCUAUAAUUGCAACUGCAACAAUGGUUUAUGUCAUCAAUGAGAUUGAACCUUGCAAUUCUAUGGAUUAUCUUAAUCAACUUAUGUCUGUUCUUAACGUCAGAAAGGAUACCCUUGAUGAAUGUCAUGAUCUUAUUGUAGAGCUAAUGGGCAUUCCCGGAUCCAAGAUUUGCAAAACCCACAAGCGCAAAUGUCAAUCUAUUCCAGGCAGUCCCAAUGGCGUUAUUGAUGCAUAUUUUAGCUGUGAAAGUUAUAAUGAUUCUUGGGUCGUGGCAUCAUCAGUUUCAUCCUUGCCAGAACCUCCAUCUAAGAGAAGCAGAACAUAGGAUCAACAAGCUACAUCCGCUCCGUUAAGUUUUGUGUCUGUGGUUUUGGAUCACAAUAUUCAUAGAACUCACAUCCUCUACAUUAUCUAAUUUGACAAUGGUGAUAUAUGGCCACAGUUUUGGUAUGUCCGCUUAAAAUGCAAUGCACAAUUAUAUGAUGUUCCAUUGCACAAUUAUAUGAUGUUGCAUUAUGUUUUCUGGACA